CAGCCGGCCGCGGCCUCACCUGCGCAGGCCGCCCGGCUCCAGGUGCGGGGGCGUGUGCGCGGCGGAGGCGCCUCCCCCGGCCGCCAGCGGGGCGGAGGCGGGGCCGCCCGCGGCUCGCCCUCCGGUCUGCCGGGUCUGCCGGGCUGCACGGCGAGAUCCCCCACUCCCCCCACCCCCCCAGGUCCGCGGCUCGGGAUGCUGCCGGGCUGCGCCGCCGCUCGCGCGCCUCCCGCCACCUCUGUGCUUGCCUUCUGGUCCAUGCUCCGCUGUUUACAUGCCGGUGAAGCCCCGGGCGGCCCCGAACCCCUCCGAGCCCCGGCUCCCCGAGGGUGAAGCCAGCCAGUCAGCCAGCGGGAUUAAUCGUUCGGACCUGGAGCUCCGAACUCAGAUCUCGUCCCGCUUCGCCGCCUCCGCCACCAUCUGGGUGGGAUCCGUCUCUGGUGUUUUUGAGGAGGGGGUGUGGUGUAGAGAAAAGGAUCCUGGGGAUUUCUGGCUCCCCCUUAUUUUUGGGCCUUCGGGGCUUCAGACUCAGGGAACUCGCUCAUGGCUUUCUUGAUGAAGAAGAAGAAAUUCAAAUUUCAAACCACUUUCACCCUGGAGGAGCUGACUGCGGUCCCCUUCGUGAACGGGGUCCUCUUCUGCAAGGUCCGGCUGCUGGAUGGCGGGGAUUUUGUCAGCUUGUCGUCGAGGGAGGAGGUUCAGGAGAACUGUGUGCGGUGGCGGAAGAGGUUCACCUUUGUGUGCAAGAUGAGCGCCAACCCAGCUACUGGCCUGCUGGACCCCUGCAUCUUCCGUGUGUCCGUGCGCAAGGAGCUGAAAGGCGGGAAGGCGUAUUCCAAGCUGGGAUUUGCCGACUUGAACCUGGCCGAGUUUGCUGGCUCAGGCUCCACCGUGCGUUGCUGCCUGUUGGAGGGCUAUGACACAAAGAAUACCCGUCAGGACAACUCCAUCCUCAAGGUCACCAUUGGUAUGUUCCUGCUCUCUGGAGACCCCUGUUUUAAGACGCCACCAUCCACUGCGAAGUCCAUCUCCAUCUCGGGCCAGGACUCCUCCCUGCAGCUGACAUGCAAAGGUGGCGGGACCAGCAGUGGUGGUAGUGGCAGCACCAACUCCCUGACAGGGUCCCGGCCCCCCAAGGCCCGGCCCACCAUCUUAGGCUCAGGGCUGCCGGAAGAACCAGACCAGGGCCUGUCCAGCCCUGAGGAGGUAUUCCACUCUGGCCACUCGCGCAACUCCAGCUAUGCCAGCCAGCAGUCCAAGAUCUCUGGCUACAGCACUGAGCACUCACGCUCCUCCAGCCUGUCCGACUUGACGCACCGCCGAAACACGUCCACUAGCAGCAGUGCCUCUGGUGGCCUCAGCAUGGCUGUGGAGGUCCCGGAGGGCAGCGAACGGGAGCACCGCCCCCCUGAGAAACCCCCAAGACCACCCCGGCCCCUGCAUCUGUCAGACCGCUCAUUUCGGCGGAAGAAGGACUCCGUGGAGAGCCACCCGACCUGGGUGGACGACACUCGGAUUGACGCCGAUGACAUUGUGGAGAAGAUCAUGCAGAGCCAGGACUUUACAGAUGGCAGUAACUCUGAGGACAGCAACCUCCGGCUGUUUGUGAGUCGUGAUGGCUCCACGACGCUGAGUGGAAUUCAACUGGCCAACAGGGUCUCCUCUGGAGUCUACGAGCCAGUUGUGAUUGAAAGCCAUUGAGGAGGCAGCUGUCGAGGCUGGAGAAGGUCCUGCUUUUGUGGGGUUCCAGACCUGCAUCAUUCCAGGAGGGGCCUCCCUUCAGUCCCACAUCUCAUCUGUGCCUUGUCCGUGUCCUUUCUCUCACACCUGCCCCCCAAAGCAUCAUUCCAUUGUCUUGCUGCCCACCGGAGACCUUUGUGGCCCGCAGGGCAGGCACCACUGUGAAUAUUCUCCUCAGAACCACUAGAGGGCAGGGCAGGGCAGCUGGGCUUUGCUGCCAAGGCCAGGACCAGCCCUCUGGAGGUCAGCCUAGCCCUGGCGAGGAUGUGUAAUUGCUCUUCUCAAGCGGCGGGGGUGCUUGUGGCCAUGGGGCCUCUCCCUUGCGUCCUACUCACUCCAGGAGCACCAGCUUCAGCCUGGCUCACAAGGCCUUGUUCCAAUGCCCCCUCACCCUUAGGGGGAGGGUCAGGCCACCCCCUGAAUCCUGCCACCUGUUAUCCUUUGCGCAGUGCUUCAGCUGUCCCUUCCCUGUGUCCUGGGGGACCUGCUGGCGGGCUUCCCCUGGGAGCCAAGACCUCAAACCUUACCCACAUUCCUGAUUAAGACCCCCCCACAUCCCCUAAAGAAUGUUCUCGAGCUGCCCCGGCAGCCUGCAUUUUGCACGUGCUUGUCCCCAGCACAGCCUCUCUAGCCCUCACCCCCCCCAACCCCCCCUCGGCCCCUUCCUGUGAUACUGCCUGCAGUGCAGACAGCCCCAGCAUCUGGCAGCCCGGCUGGCUCGGACCCCUGCCUCUGCUCUCCCAGCCAGCCCAGCACAGGCCUAAGACCAGAGCCUAGAAGGACGGAGCCACAUGGUGCCUCCUGCCCAGGGCUGGGCCCUGAGCAGCUGGCUUUCCUACCUGACAAGAGCCUGGCUGGGCUGGGCAAACGAAACUUCCUUCCUCCAACCUCAGGUAGCGGGCUGGAGUUGGCGUCAGUGCUGUGCUAGAGAUGUGGUGGGCUGAGACUGGCCACAGCUGGCUUCUUGCCUGCCACCCAGGCCUUGAGCCUUCUCUUUAAGCAGCUCCCGUGUCUGGGCAGGAGGUCUUCCCAGUAGGAGCAGUCACCUGCCCUGGCCCUCCCCAAGGCCGCCUCAGCACUUUCUUCACGAGUCCUCAAAACCCACUUGAAGUAGGGCCUGGCCGGCAGCCAGCCCUGGACAAACCCUGCGCCUUUGAGUUUCACUCAUUUAUAAACCCAGCGGGCUGGGUUGAGGGUUUUUGUUUGUUUCUCUCCACCCCCCCCCCCCGCCCCUCUGUUCACAGUCUCAUAGUUCCUCCUCCCCCAUCCAGGGGAGGUGCUUCUGUUCCCAUUCUACCUGCAGGCUGGGUCCCAGCAGGGCUGGGGGGCGAAGGGGACAGGCUACUGGUUCUUUUGGAUGGGGAGCAGGUGUCCUCCCCAGGCUGGGAGGGGUCCAGUCCCCAGCAGGCACGGGCUGGGGAUCUUGGUCCUGGAACUCCUGUUGGGACCAGAGCAUUUCUAGGGCUCUUGUUAUUGCCAUCAUUGUAAUUUCCCAAUCAAACGUUUAGAAAAUGGAUGUUAGGAGGCAGGACUGAGCGUAGCUCUGGCUGGAUGUGCUCUGGUCCGCCGGGAGAGUGCUGUCUCUGCAGGGCAGAUCCCAGAGGCUUUGAAAGGAAAGCCAGCCGCACUGUCUCCGGAGUAGGUGUUCGCCCUUAAAAGAUGGGAGAGCCACCACCCUUCCAUGUCAUGACUUCCCCUCAGCUCGGGGCAUUGCAGUGAGGGUACAGCUGGGUUUGAUUCAAAGUUCUGGGGCUUUAGGCACAAAGCAGCUGGCCUUGGGAGUGCCAGGGAGGUUCUUGAACCAGGGACCCCAGCCCUACCCAAGCCACGGUGGAAGCUCGAGUCACCCCAGGAGACAGAGCCUGCCACGUCCUCCGUGCCAGGCCCUCGGGCCAGGAUAUCUGGGUCGAGGAUUUGGCUAUAACCAAAUGAACACCGGCUGGAGCCAGAGGCCGGCAACUCUGGCCUCCUCGUGUGGAAACUUCAAUCUGAGGCCCCCGCGAGUUCAGUGAUUCUUGCCAGUGCCCACAGCGCUGGAGACUUCAGAUUCUAUAUAGAGAUAGGAUAUAUUAGAGAUAUUUUUUGAAAAGAAUUGGUCUAUGCAAUGCCAGUUUGGAAUCCUCUUGAAAGACAGUUUAAUGUUUCUACUAGGAGAUAUAAAGAAAAAUAAAGAUCUGCAAUAUUUUUAGUUGUUUUUUUUUCUGGACCCUCCCUCCCCCCUCCCCCACACCUGGUCACACUGCAUGAUCUGUCAGGAUAGAGAAUAUCCAUUUUCCUCUCCAUGGAUGCAGUGGGUGAGGGAUGUUACAUUUUAUAAUCUCCCUCCCAUCUAACAAUAUUGCCACCACUGCACCCCAGUUUGGUGAGCUAUGUUUGCAUCUCUGUUCCAGCUUAUUGUAGAAAAUAAUGUAAAGGGGAAAAUCAGCCUAGCUACAGUGUCUUGGUUUGGGGGGGUGGAAAUAAAUGUGGUUUUUGUUUA